AUGGGGUUGGAUAAUAAUGGAACGUUGUGCAUGAUUCAAUGCUUGAAGACUCAAAUAUUUGGUUCCGUGGUUUUGUUGCUUUCCAGUGGGAGGGGUUGUAUUGACGACAACCCUGAUUAUAGGACAAACAUGACACGUGGUCACUCCUUCAAUGCCUACUUCUCCACGUGCCUUUUAUCCAUGUUCACUCACACCCUUGAGAGAAAAUACAUGUUCCUUAUUUGUAACGGAAUCCUUGCAUUUGUAGCCAAGACUUUGCUCAUGAACUCCUCAGAUUCUGACUUUGACCAGCUUCUACCUUCCAAUCUGUCAGAGACAAAAACAACAACAGUUUCUGACAUGGUAGUUGCCCCUCUGAUGGAAAGUUUUGCAUCCCCAGAGAAUAUUCUUCUUGUGGUUGAUGAGCAAAAGGGGCAAGAGGAAUACAAUGAAGAAGUUUCAGAAGAUGAAGACCAAGAACAAGAGAUCUUGUGUGCCAAAACCGAAGGAAGAGAAAGCGAAGGUUACAUUAGAGAAGAGGAGAUCACAGAAGGAGAAUCAGAGAGUGAGGUCGAGGUGGCACAAGAUGAUGAUCUAGCAGAAACAACUAGUACAACAAAUAAUGAAGAGUUAUUAAAUACGGAUGAACUCAACAGAAAGUUUGAAGAGUUCAUAAGGAAAAUGAGAGAAGAGAUAAGAAUUGAAGCUCAAAGACAGCUUAUUGCAGUUUAA